AUGGGAAAGUCGAGAACGAAUUCGCAUUCAAAUGCUGACGUAAAGAUGGAGGUGGAUGAUGAUGUGAAGCCAUCGGUAAAUGAUUUAGGUGACAGCAUAAUGGAAACACCAUUGUCAUCUAAGGAUGAGUAUGACCAACUUUGUACUAUGGUUAAUGCUAUUGCGCAUCCACUUGCUCCAAGAAAAGUGGCAAAGAAAAUUUACAAAUUAGUAAAAAAGGCUUCUAAGGAUAAGCAAUAUUUGAGACAAGGGAUGUGCGACGUUCAAAAAGCUUUGAGAAGAAAUGAAACUGGUGUUGUUGUGCUUGCAGGUAAUGUAUCACCAAUAGAUGUUUAUUCACAUAUCCCAGGUAUAUGUGAGGAAAAAGAUAUUCCAUAUAUAUUUACACCAUCACGUGAGCAUCUCGGAUUAGCCACUGGACAUAAAAGAGCGGCUAUACUACUUCUCAUAAAAGAACAUUCAGAUUAUGCAGAUUUGUUCCAUGAAGUAUCUGAAUUGAUCAAAAGGAUUACACCCGAUGUUUGA